UACAGAAGUUCAACCAUCCACCCUCCCUCACCAAACAAGAUAUUAGCACAGGGAGCGCAGCGCACUACCCUUACGGCGUCGAGUAGCCUUCCUCAACUAUCCUACCAUUCGAAAUUUAUGAACAAUGCACUGCGGGAGUCUGGAAAGAAUGGGGACACCGCGAAAAAGAACACUUUCGCGAGGAAUGAGUGAGGAUGAAUCGUUACGACAUAUAAUAAAGGAGGCUGAGGAGACCACCAAACGACUGACCUGCAGUGACAGCAGAUAUGGAUCACUGAAAAAAGGAGAGAGAGGGGUGAGCCAGAGUGAAGAGGAUUCACUUGCAGAGAUCCCAGAUAUGAUCGAACUCCAGACGAACUAUGAUGGUGUGCUGCAGGAACUGCGCUAUCUGGAAGUUCAGCGGGAGACUCUCCUGUUCCAGGUGGACUUCCUUCAGGACACUCUAGAGGGGGCGGAGGAGAUGCUCGCCGAGGCCCAGAGAGAAGCGCAAGACACCAGCCUGGAGCUGGAGCGAGAGAGAGAAGCGAGGCGAAAGUUGGAGGACAUGGUCAGCUCAUUAAUGCAGGAGGUAGAGCGGCUGAAGGAGGAGAGAAACAGCAUCCCAGCGGUCCCGGUCUACACUCUGAUUAGGGACGACACCCAGGAGACUGUAGCUAAGGAGAGCAGAGACACACAAACAACACCGCCACCUCAGAACAAGACUCAGCCAGAGGGUACAACACAAAAUGCGCCUUUCACUCUAGUGCGAUUGGACAGUACGCCUGUCACUCCAGGCACUACAGACGGUCAAGCAGACAGUUCAAGUGGAGGGCUGUUGUCCUUCUUCAAGAAAGGAAAAGGGGACCAGGCUGAAGAUGACCGCACAGGUCCUGCCUGGAUCCAGAAUGCCCCCAUAGGGACAUCGGUGGAUCAAGAUCCUGCUCAGGAGAACAGGGCACAGGAGGAAACCAGCGAUGGCCCGUUGGCUAAGCUCACCAAGAUGGUGAAGAACUUCGGUCACACGCCAUCACUGGACCUGUCUAAACAGCCAGUGCAAGAGGGAGUAUUUCAAGGCCCUAACGGCAACAAAUCCACUGGAGAAGACCCAGACGACAACGAUGAGAGCAGUGGCUACGAGGAUGCGCAGUCAGACCUUCUGGAGCAAGAGGCCCUUGCAGGUGCCUCCACACCAGACGGAUCUCCAGACGGGGGUUUCCCGGAGGAUGAGCUGGCAGAUGAAGAUGGGGACGUGGGGACCAAUACGGGAGAGCCAGGGAGCCCCAAACCAAACGAUUCUUGUGUUUUGUCUUAAAUUCAGGACUUUUGCGAUCACCUCAUCUCGAUGUGUUACUGUCUACUGACCUGAGAUUGCUUUUUAUCAAGCAUUAUAUAAGUCUUAUAUGAUAUUACUCAGGUCCAUGGGCACCAGUUAUUUACGCUGAAACACCAGUUGCUGCAUAGGAGAAGUUCUGAAACAGGCAGUACAUAUGAAAUGGUCUGCUCUUGCACAAUACCACGCUCCAGAUCAGUUUUUUUCCCUCUUGCUACUUUCUACUUUGCCUGUUGUGAAAGAAGUGCUGAGAAUCUGCAGUGGCCGCUUCAACCAUCGGCCACCAGUGGAUCGCCCCCAAAUAAUUAAUAGCUGACCUUGGACCGCUUCGACUUCCCCUCCCGUCGGCCUCAGAAAGGUCUUUGUCAACACUGUGCGCUCUCCUGGGCGUCAUCAGACAAAAUGGAAUUUUGCGAGCUGGGCACUGGCUGUUCUUUGGCUCUAUCCCUCUUUUGGCAUCAACACUGAGACACGGUUUACAGGCUGCUCCUCUCCCACACAAUCUUGUUGCGAUGGCGCUACAUGGUUCGGAUAUAAUCAGUCACCUCACAGACCAUCAGAUAUCACAAGGACGACAAAGAUUUGUUUGGCAGAGGUCAGCCUUUUAAAUAUGACUACACUGCUUACGACUUUUGACAUUUGUCCAAGGUCUACACUUUUAAUCUUUUAACCGUGGAAAAGGAAAAGCCUGCUGUUUAUGUCCAUACAGAUAAUGGCAAUGACAGUGUACACUAUAGUAAUAAUAAUAUUAUGAUAAUAGUUAUAUAAUACUAUUUUUAGCGGGUUACAUGGAGGGCAUGAGAGUGACAUGUCUUUGAUUUCAUCACAUAGAUAUGUUAGAUUUUAUUUGUUAUAUUUGUACUUUUAUAACAGAUAUUUGCUGAUUCUAAAGAAAGGGAAUACAUAACCCCUCAAAGAGAGUACCUUUGGCUUCUUUGAUACACUUAUUAGGGACCUCGAAAAGGGAAACAGUGCCUUUCAACAAAAUCUUAAUGCUUUUCAGAAACAAAAAAUAACUUUCAAAAUGAGGAAUAUCAAAACAUGACACAACCUUAACACGGUGGGGAAAAAUAUUUUCUGUGAAGGCUAUGACAAAUCAGUAAGAAGUACAUUCCAGUUGCUUUGUUUUGUUUGAAACACAAUGAGUCAUGACUGCAUGAUAGGCAAAUCAGUGAUGUCCUUGAACUGUUGUUUGCUUUGGGUGCUGCUGUACAAAGUACUGUAGCUUCUGGGAGAGGUCUUGUUUUGUUUGUUUAAAUAUAGACAUUGCAGGACAAUGUCUCUAUUAACCUCUAACCCCUUAGAAUAAGGUAGUUUCUUCUGUAGGAGUGUAAUUCGCUGUUUUAAACAAACAUUUAAUUGUUUUAUUUGCAAGGCCUCAGAAUGCUUUGAUUUCACAUGAAUUUAAAAAUGUCUAGAUGUUAUUUGUUCUUUUGUUACAGUGUCUUACAAAUAACUUUGUGUCUUACUUACAGUCUAGUGUCUUUAACAGUUUUGUAGGUCUAGUUUAAUUUGAGCUAAGAAUUGUAAACAUAGACCAUAUAUUGGCUCAUGUGGUACAGUAAUGCAAACACCUCCAUGUUUCACUUCCUGAUUUUCUUUAAUUAUUUGGUAAAUAAGUCAGUUUUUAGCAUCUCAUUCGUUCGUCAGCUGUGUAGAAUCAGUCAGACAUGUCCCUUUAUGGCAACUUGACUCAAAGCACCUUGAAUCUUUUUAGUAAAAAAAUAAAACUGCACAUAUUUAGUUGAACUGUGCGUUUCGUUUCUUCUGUAUAAUUUAAGGAAGUCUGGUGAGGGGCAUGCUAAAUAAGCUUUACGCUGUUAGUCAUGUGAUUUUGCACUUGCUGACAGGAUUUGUUGCACAACUUAUGAUGCUGUAUGUCCUAAGGCUGCAUGGUUUUAGUAAGCUUAGUGGCAAGAACAUGGACACCUAUUUUCACCGACAGGAUGUGUAUUAUGAGAUGUAUUUUGUACACUUCCAAUGGAUUUACUGUCUGGGCAUGUGGGUGUGCAAAUCAUUAAAAUAAUACAUCUACAGUCAAAA